UUUGUGGAGUGACCGUGGUCGCCAGUUUGAUAGUGUCUUGCUUUUGUUGAUGGUGUAUUGAACAUUGCUGGUUAAUCUCACUUUUUUAAGUUUUUUGACUAUGUCCCUCGUUUCUUCCGAACCGUUUCAACAAUCCAGUUGCUUGCGGUAAAUAUAUGCUAUGACCGUUCACAAGAUAUAUCCCAAAUACCUGCUACUGUAUUUUGUUAUUUUGUCAUUUCGCUUUCCAACCCUGUACGGUGUAAACGGUGUAAACGGUGUAAACGGUGCAUACGGUGUAAACGGUGUAGACGGUGUAAACGGUGUAAACGGUGUAAACGGUGUAAACGGUGUAGACGGUGUAAACGGUGUAGACGGUGUAAACGGUGUAAACGGUGUAAACGGUGUAGACGGUGUAAACGGUGUAAACGGUGUAAACGGUGUAAACGGUGUAGACGGUGUAAACGGUGUAAACGGUGUAAACGGAGUCAACCUCUGAUUGGCUGACCCAAGUACCGGUUUGUCCGUCUGUCCGAAACGCUUCUCGUUGCCAUAGCAACCGUGCAAACCACUACAGCAUUGUUCAUUAUAUCACACCCCCUCUCAAUUUACGUUUAUAA